AUGUCAGGCGACGACGCGGAAUUGAUCAAGUCGCUCAAUCAUCUCGACGUGAAGGACGUCCAGGACACCGACGCUUCGCGUACUCAUGAAGACGUUGAUCGUCGAGUGCUGUCUUCUUCUUUUACCCCCGGCUCGGACGCGGCGGAUUCUGCGGGCGCGGAUAGGCUGACGGAGGUCACUCGAGACGUUGUAUCAUCUCCCCCUACCGAUCGAACCCCCGACGCUCUUCCCUCGUCCAUCCAUCCCGAUUUCUCCGUCCAGACCAGCGACGACUUUCUGCUAGUCACCGACGACGACGUUGGCUUCUAUGUCAACAGAGAUUUCCUCCUGGAACACUCUGAUUUCUUCCGCGACUUUGAAGAGAUGGAUUCAGAUAUCAAACAAGACGAUGCUGGCAAAGGUCGUACCCAAGCCGUGCGAAGAGAUAUGCCGGGGGCGCUGUCAAACGGCUUGCGGGUGGUGUUGCUCAAG